UCCCAAGUAAAGACUGCCAAAGCUGUGGACCUUCACACUCAUGGCGUUCCUCUCUACCUUCUUCUCUCGCAUCGCUUCCAAACCCCACCUCCGCCGACCUUUCCGCGCCUCUCUCCCUCCCGGUCCCACCCAACCCCCGCGAUCGGGUGCCUCCGGGGACCGCCUCCUCGCCUGGUCGCGCGGUCUCGUACCAUUCGCCGUCGCCGCCGGCGCUGCCCUCGCUUUCGAUCUCCAUCCCGUUGCCGUCCCCUCCCUCUGCGACCCAGGCAUCGAUCUCCGGGUUGGAGGGAAGGAUAGCACCGAAUUAGUGGUGAAGGGUGCUCGUCGGGAGGCGCCCGAGGAGUUCAUCCAAGAGCUAAAAGAUUUUCUUCAAGAUAACCUGACAGUGGACUAUGAAGAACGGCGUUUUCAUGGGGAGCCGCAGAACAGCUUCCACAGAUCUGUGAAUGUUCCUGAUGUGGUCGUUUUCCCAGGAUCACAGGAUGAUGUACAGAAAAUUGUUGCAGCAUGUAAUAAGUACAAGGUUCCUAUAGUACCAUAUGGAGGAGCUACUUCAAUCGAGGGCCACACUUUAGCCCCACAUGGAGGUGUAUGCAUUGAUAUGUCACUGAUGAAAAAAAUUAAGUCUCUAAAUGUUGAGGACUUGGAUAUAGUUGUUGAGCCAGGGAUUGGAUGGAUUGAACUGAAUGAGUAUUUGAAGCCUUACGGCCUUUUCUUCCCACUUGACCCAGGUCCUGGGGCUACUAUAGGAGGCAUGUGUGCUACUCGUUGCUCUGGCUCUUUAGCUGUAAGGUAUGGAACAAUGCGAGACAAUGUCAUCAAUCUUCAGGUUGUUCUAGCAAAUGGUGAGAUCAUCAAGACUGGUUCACGAGCUCGGAAGAGUGCUGCUGGAUAUGAUUUGACUCGCUUGUUGAUUGGAAGUGAAGGCACUCUAGGUAUAAUUACAGAAGUUACAUUGCGUCUUCAAAGACUUCCUCAGCAUUCAGUGGUAGCUAUGUGCAAUUUUCAAACGAUAAAGGAUGCUGCUGAUGUUGCCAUAGCCACAAUGCUUUCCGGUAUACAGGUCUCAAGGGUGGAGCUCUUGGAUGAGGUUCAAGUAAAGGCAAUUAACAUAGCAAAUGGGAAAAACUUACCUGAAGCUCCCACCUUAAUGUUUGAAUUUAUAGGCACAGAAGCAUAUGCACGGGAGCAGACGUUGAUUGUUCAGAAGAUUGUUUCGGAACAUAAUGGAUCUGAUUUUGUUUAUGUGGAAAAUGCCAUUGAUAAAGAGGAACUCUGGAAGAUAAGAAAGGAGGCGCUUUGGGCUUGCUUUGCAAUGGCACCUAAUAAUUAUGAAGCAAUGACCACGGAUGUCUGUGUUCCUUUAUCAAGGUUGGCAGAAUGUAUAUCAAAAUCUAAGCAAGAGCUUGAUGCAUCAUCACUAUUGUGCACGGUCAUAGCUCACGCAGGUGAUGGAAACUUCCACACAAUUAUUAUGUUUGAUCCAGAACAAGAAGAACAACGGCAAGAAGCAGAGAGACUAAACCAUUUUAUGGUUCACACUGCCUUAUCCCUGGAAGUAUAUGUUUACAAGUAUAGUACAAGAACAACUAUAACUAGUAAGUGUUAUCAUCUGCUUACCAUUUUUGUGAUUUGAAUUUUGAAAUUUGGCCCACCUACAACCCUUUUAUUCCUUAAUAGAUUUUAUAUUCCUAUUAUCUAUGAAAAUGGGGAUUGGAUUUGCUAGUUGAGGCUUGAUAUUUCUGAUGCUUCUGUUUGGGACCUCAGCCUUUUAUUUCAUUCUUAUCAGAGAGAUGGCUGCCGCAGUUACAUCUCUGGUUACCUAGUGGUUGAUUGGCUGUAAUUCAUGUCCACUAACUUGCUUCAUAUCUUUUGCUGAUAUAGCAUCUAAUUUCCUUCUGGAACUGGUGGUUGAAAACUUUCACAUCAUUGUAAAAUAAUAGUGCACAAUACAGAUACAUUUCGAUUUUCAUGUCAAUAACAUUCAUGCAUUACUAUUUGUCAUUUCCUUGUCACUAUAAAAAUAUUUUAACUCAGAGGUGAUAGUUCUCGCUACUUGUAGGAGAGAGAUACAACUUUUAUAAGUUUGAACCAAGGUUUGCUUUAUUGGUCCGUACCGGUGUACCGACCAUGUGUCGGUAUGGUACGUACCGAGGCGUACUGACGUAUUGUACGUCGGUACGUCAGGGUGUAUUGACGGUAUGAUUUUAGGGUUUCAAAGUUUAAAAUAAAUAU